AUGCUUAGCAGCUCCUGGCAGCAGCAAACUGUAGCUGCCACCCCGGAGGAGGUACACAAGGUGUAUGCGACCAUGAUGUCCAUCCUGCCUGGUGAGCAUCGGAUGGAGCAGCCCAGGAGUUUCUCGAAGAACGUGCAGCCUGUGUUCGAGCUGCAAGCGGGUCUCUUCAGCGCGUACGUGGUCGAUUUGUGCACUCCCAGCUCUGGCUUCGAUUACGUUGUCGACAAAGCUGCGUGUGAGCGGAAGCUCGAAGGAUUCUGCGACUCACUCCGUGACAGCACACCCAACGACAAGUGGCUGCGGGCUGCAGAUAAGCUCCACAAGAGCUGCCUACGCACUGUGCGUGGCAAGCAAGGCAUUUCUGUCCCGUUGCUGGGUGGUCCGGUGCACUACCUCUGGGGCACUGACAGAAGCUCUCGGCGGCUGACGCAGGAAAGCUCCGAGGAUGUGGUCGACCAGCUGCGCCGCGAGUUUGAGGUGGGCCCUAGCGACUGGAUGCCGAAUUUCUGCGCCACCGUUGCCAAUUGCGAGCAGCUGGAGGCUAUGCGACCCUGGAACAUUGCCGUCGUGAUCGCCUUUGUGGCUGGUGUCCUUAUGCUCUUGAUAUCCACCGUCACCUUCAUCUACGACCUCCUGCGGCCAGACGAGAAGCGCACCCCCAGAGGCUUCGUGUUCAUGGGCCUCGCCUGCGGCUGCCUCGCAAUUGCGGCCCUGUUGUACCUGCACGUUGCUCAGACGUACCCGGUGAGCAGCUACAUUCGCAGCGAGAGCCUCUUUUACUUCAUGCUGGCCGAGCCUGGUGACAUGUCGCGACGGCUGAAGGAUGUCUCUCACGGUGAGUCUCCCAGCAAAAGGUGGAAAGGCGUCUUGCUGUCUUUGACAGGGUCAUUGCUCCAGGGAUUGUUGGCUGGAGACAUGUCUACGGUCUACAAGCAGCUGCAGCAGGCGGUUGACAGGGCCUGGCAGCUUGCGGACGUCUUAUUCCAGCGAUGGCUAAAGUACCUCCACUUCGCCGUAGAGCAGGCGCCGAAAGAUGGAACGCUCCUCCUUCGCGAUGCUGCUGCCAAAAUCCAGGAGCUGGAUCGUGGAGUCUUGAGCCUGGCAGCGAUGGACAACUCCACACAGGAAGGUGUGCUGCUGGCAGAGCUGGGCCAACAGCUGCACGAGCAAGCAGAGCAGCUUCUGGCGUUCAACGGUCAAGCGAUCCAGCUGGUGAGCGACGGUGAGGUCGUCGUCCACGCGAUUGUCAGGAGUUGGCAAGAUCUGCGGACCCCGGUGGUUGAUCUCAUCCAGCACAUCCGGGAUGCCUGGAAAGGACACGG